AUGGCUAUUUCCUUCAAACAGGCUGUCAAUAAGAACCUCGAGUGUCCUGUCUGUCUGAGCUUCUUCAAGGACCCAAAGAACUUGAUCUGCUCUCAUACAUUCUGCAAGGGUUGUCUUGAGUCUCUCCUGGAGUCCCAUGGGAACAAAGACGUUCUGGUGUGUCCUACGUGCAGAGGGGAGACUUCGGUUCCUGGUGGAGACGUGGGUAGACUGCAAUCAAAUAUAACAGUCAGAUCACUUGUUGAAGAUGUGGAGACUCAGGGCCGAUCCAACUGCAAUCAAGAAUACAAAUCGUUGCAAAAAAAAGGGAACAAAUGUGAAAAACAUCCAGACUACGAUGAAGAAUGUUUUUGCCUCAACUGUAACAAGUAUGUAUGCUGCAAGUGUGCAAUAUUAGAGCAUGUAAAAAAUGCUCACAUUAUCCUGGAAGCAGGCGCACAUGAAACUGAGCAAAAGAAUAAUGUCGAGAAACUUACAUCUAAAGCAGAUGCAAAGAUACGCGAGGUUGACAAGUAUGUUACAUUUGUUGCAGGUCAGCGUAAAGUGGUGCAUAACGUAUACGAACAAAUCAAUGCUGAAAUAGAUGAGACUUUUGAGGAAUCAGUUCAGAAGUUGAAGGAAAGAAAGUCGGUGUUAAAAAAUAAAGUGGGGCACAAGCUAGGUAAUUUUGAGACUUCAUUGGGAAACAUAGAAGAGUCGAGUCGUAAGCAGGUAGACAAGAUUAAGAAAGUUCUGGAGUUGGUUAAGAAUGGUCUUAAUUUUCCUCUCCAAACAGAGGCUCUGGCCUCACAUACAGCGAUGUGUCAACAGCUGGAAGCGCUUCUUAGCAGGAUUGGGCCAGAUGAGGAGCUGCCCAGAAGAAUUGCUGAGGAAGGUAAACGAAUUGACUUCAGGAGUCAAGGGUUGGACGGACUCCAGUUGGGCCAGCUUAGACAAAAUAAGUCCAAAUGGGUUCUGCGCACGGAAGAUCCGCUGCCUGUUGGUUUUCUCGUGACCGGAAUGGCAAUGUCUCCAAAUAAUAAGGUGGCUGUUGGUUGUUGUUACGGAGGAAUAUACAUAUAUUCUUCUGAGGGCAUUAUAGAAGAUACCGUUCUGAAAUCUGUUAAAGUUCUUGACUUAGACUUCAUGCCCGAUGGUGGAUACGUCAUACGCGACACUAAUGAUAUAAUUUCCUUGUACACAGAUCUCGGUGAGAAGCUUGACGUAACAUUUAACACAAUGGAUGUUGCGAACGGUACAUUUGGCGGUCUCACGGUAGGCAAGGAUGGGCUGAUCUUCAUAGGUUACGAGGAAUGCAAGAAAAUACAGGUAUUUAAGCCAGAAGGUGGGAAGUCAAUUAGAGAGAUAAUGUGUAACAGAUUUGAACCGUGGCAGAUGUUUGCGAUGACAUCGAGUCAAGUGAUUGUCGUUAAGAGUAGUUGGAAUACAGUACAAGUGAUCAACGAUGUGUCUGGUGCUAUCUUUCACAGCAUCAGCAAGGAUGGUGAAAACGCUUACCCUGCUGUGUGUCAGGAUGAUUCUGUUAUCAUUGCAUGGGUUAAGCACUAUCAGGGUCUGCUGAACAUCGUUCAGUACACAAAGGAGCUCAAAUACAUCAAAAAAAUUCUCACUGAUUUUAAGAUCAUCAAACCAAAUCGAGCAUGGUACUAUUUGCAGGAAUUCAAGACGGGGGAGAUUGUUUUCUGCACUUAUGAUAGGUUUUACAUCUUCCGUGAAACAUGGAGUAAAUUUCAGUUUUGCUGA